AGGCAGAAGGGAAGUGCGCUUUCCAAUAAAAGUCUUUCUCCCGCCCGAGUCCCUUCAAGUUGAUUGGGAAUCGGAUCGUGUGCUAUAUUGGCCAAAGCCAGCCGGAGGGAGAUCCUUAAAAAAACAAAAAUCUAAAAAUAGUGGCUGAAAAAGGAAAAAAUUAGCAAAGAUGAUGGGUAAAGUAGUUGUUUCGGGGAUUUCCAUCAUUCUUGUGGUGGGAGUCGUCAUUGGAGUUGUUGCUGUGGUUCAUCGCAACGGCGACGAUAAGGCCGACUUGUCUCCACAGAUGAAGGCCGUGUCCAACUUCUGUUCAUCUACUGAUUAUCAAGAAGCCUGCAAGAAGACCCUCAGCUCUGUCAACAGCACUGAUCCCAAAGAUUACGUUGCCCAGGCUAUCUUAGCCUCUCAGGAAGCAGUGAAGAAAUUCUUCAACUAUUCUGACUCCCUGAUCGUUCAGGCCAAGAACGAUAGCCGAACAAAGAUGGCCUUGGAUGAUUGUAAGGAGAUGAUGGACUACGCCAUUCAGUCCCUCCAGGCAUCGUUCUCCGAGGUGGGUGAUGGUGAAUUGCGCAGCAUCAAUGACCGCAUAGCCGAUCUCAGGACCUGGUUGAGCGCUGUUAUCUCAUACCAGCAGUCAUGCUUGGAUGGUUUCGAACCGGAGACCACCAUGCAUCAAACCAUGACAACCGGUAUUGCUGAUGCUAGCGAACUCACAGCCAAUGCCUUGGCAAUUGUGACAAAGUUGUCCGACAUUCUUUCCAAAUUCGGUCUCCAGUUGGCUAUUCCUACCACCCGUAGGCUUCUUUCUGUUGAGAAGGAUGGCUAUCCCUCAUGGUUCUCGGCUGCAGACCGCAAGCUUUUGGCUAGGAUUGAUAACCGCAACUUGAGACCAAAUGCUGUUGUGGCUAAGGAUGGCAGUGGCCAGUUCAGGACCAUUGCUGCUGCCCUUGCUGCCGCUCCUAAGAAUUCCAAGGUCCGACAUGUGAUUUAUGUCAAGGCUGGAAUCUACAACGAGUACAUCACCGUGGACAAAAAAACUACCAACAUCCUCAUGUAUGGUGACGGCCCAAGAAAGACCAUUGUCACUGGCCACAAGAACUUCGUUGAUGGCACAUCCACCUGGCAGACUGCCACUUUCUCCGCUAUUGGAGAUGGUUUCAUUGCCAAAUCCAUGGGAUUCCAAAACACUGCUGGUCCUCAAAAGCACCAGGCCGUGGCUCUUCGCAUCCAAUCCGAUAAGUCAGCCUUCUUCAACUGCAGAAUGGAUGGCUACCAAGACACCUUGUACAAUCAAGCCAACCGUCAGUUCUUCCGCAACUGUGUCAUCUCUGGCACCAUUGACUUCAUCUUCGGUGACUCCCCUACCAUUAUCCAGAACUCACUGAUCAUCGUCAGGAGGCCAAUGGAUAAUCAACAGAACACAGUGACUGCACAGGGCAAGACCAAUGCGCAUGAGAACACUGGUACCGUGAUCCAGAACUGCAGGAUAGUCCCCGAGCAGAAGCUCUUCGCUGACAGGUUCAAGAUCCCAACAUACUUGGGCAGGCCGUGGAAGCAAUACUCUACAACUGUUAUCAUGGAGUCCACCUUGGGAGACUUCAUUCAGCCUGCUGGAUGGUUGCCCUGGGCUGGAAGCAAUUUUCUCAACACUCUCUACUAUGCUGAGUACAACAACCGUGGCCCUGGUGCUAACACCGCUAAGAGGGUUAACUGGAAGGGUUACCACAGGAUUGACAGGCGGACUGCAAUGAGAUUCACUGUUCAAUCCUUCCUUUUGGGCCGUGAGAAUUGGUUGCCCGCCACUGGCAUUCCUUUCACAGCUGGCUUGAGAUAUUGAACACAUGUUAAUGAAGAAAAUGUGGAAUGAGAGUCCAAAAAACAUAAAGAAAAGAAAAGAGAUCAACUGCACAAAAACCUACAUAGAGAGAACUUUAUAGUGGUCGCUAGCAAAUGGAGGCGCAUCUCAUCUCAUUUUGAUUUUCCUUUUGUAAGUUUAUGUUUAGGGAUCUCUUUCAGGGCUCUUACGUCCGUCUUUGUCUUUGUUGUGGUAUGGUAAUUCUUUUAUUGAUCCAAAAAAUAAUAAUAAUAAAACACACAAGAAGCUCAUAAUUCAAAUA